UUUCAAUCCUCUUAGCAGAUGCAGUUUCCUUGAUUUUCUCUGCAUCUGUAUUUUUCAAUCUCUCAAAAAAAAAUUCCCAUCAUUUCUUUUCGUUUCUCUUGCAAAUUCACCCGAAAACGGAAUAAAUUGAUUAAAUUAUGAUUAGAAUGCCGUCGCUAGAGGAGGAGUUGUUCCCGUCGACGCCCGGGAAGUUUAAGAUCGACAGAAGUCAUACGAUAAACAGGCAGUUUCAUAGAUGUUUCGCUUCAACGAGUACUAUGUUUUUGUGGGCGUUGUUUUUGGUGGCUUUAACGGCGUCGUAUUUGAGUUUUCAGAGCUUUGUUUAUUCCGGUAGCCGGUAUUUUUCGGCCACGUGGGGAGGAAUACAGUGGGAGAAACAAGUGAGGAACUCGGCUCAGAGCCAUCGGUCCGGUGGGAUGUCGGUGCUGGUUACCGGUUCAGCGGGUUUCGUUGGUACACAUGUCGCGUUGGCCUUAAAGAAACGUGGAGACGGUGUCGUUGGACUUGACAAUUUCAACAACUAUUACGACCCUUCGUUAAAGAAGGCGCGUAAAGCUCUGUUGAACAGCCAUGGCAUUUUCGUAAUUGAGGGCGAUAUCAAUGACGCUAAACUCUUGGCUCGGCUCUUUGACAUCGUGGCUUUCACUCACGUGAUGCAUUUAGCGGCUCAAGCCGGCGUCAGAUACGCCAUGGAGAAUCCCCACUCGUACGUUCAUAGCAACAUUGCGGGACUCGUCACUCUCCUGGAAGCUUGUAAAUCAGCCAAUCCUCAGCCUUCCGUUGUGUGGGCUUCAUCCAGCUCAGUGUAUGGCUUAAACGAGGAAGUCCCCUUCUCAGAAUCUGAUCGGACGGACCAACCGGCCAGUCUCUACGCUGCUACGAAAAAGGCUGGUGAAGAAAUUACCCACACUUACAACCACAUUUACGGACUCUCAAUAACCGGGUUAAGAUUUUUCACCGUCUACGGUCCAUGGGGCCGACCCGAUAUGGCUUAUUUCUCGUUCACGAGAAACAUCCUUCAAGGCAAGCCUAUCACUGUAUAUCGAGGGAAAAACCACGUUGAUUUGGCACGUGAUUUUACUUACAUUGACGAUGUUGUGAAAGGCUGCUUAGGGUCGUUGGACACUGCGGGUAAGAGUACCGGGUCGGGCGGCAAGAAACGAGGCCCGGCAUCAUACCGGAUCUUUAAUUUGGGUAAUACGUCACCGGUUACCGUGCCGAAGCUUGUGAACAUACUGGAGAGACAUCUGAAGAUGAAAGCGAAGAAGAAUAUAAUCGAGAUGCCCGGAAACGGCGACGUGCCGUUUACUCAUGCGAAUAUAAGUGCGGCGCAGAAGGCUUUCGGGUACAAACCGACAACCGAUUUGCAAACCGGUUUGAAAAAGUUCGUUAGAUGGUAUCUUCAAUAUUAUGGCUACAGUAGAGUAAAACGUGUAAAUUAAAAUUUCAUUUUGAAUUUUUAUUUUUUUGGGGAAUUUUAGAAGGUUUUGUUUUUCCCGGAAAAGAGAAGAAAAGAAAAGAAAGGAUGGGAAAAAAACCUUUAAAAAAAAAAAAAAAAAUUAUUCUUUUCUUGGGAGAAACGUGAAAUGUAAAACUCCCUUCUUCGUAGUUUUUAUCUUUUUUUCUCUUCUAUUGUAAGUAAAGAAAGAGCUUCAAUUUUUA